AAUCACAAUUUUGUAAUUCGUACGUAACUUUUCAAGAAAAACAUUAUUAUUAUUAUUGCUGAGGGGAACGACCCCUCUGGUCACCACAACAUAUAAGAUUUUUUGUAACUUAAGCCCUCCAAAGGUUUAGGGCAAAUGUUGCUUCCCUUUGACGUCACAAGUCACAAUACAACAAAUGUCAAAAAUCUGUCAAACAUUAAAAUAACAUCACCUAUAAUUGUUUAUUAUAGUUUUUACGUGAAAAACAACGUUGUUACAAAUUAAGUAAUUGUGUUUUAAUUGUAUAUAAAAGUAGCUUUAGAAAUAUUUCGUUAUAAUGCAGAAUUAUAUCCAAGAGGAUUCGAUGGUUAUAGACAAAAUUGUCUAUGAAGUGAAAUCUCAGGGUAUUUUUGAUCAGUUUAGAAAAGAGUGUAUAGCUGAUGUUGAUACGAAACCUGCGUAUCAAAAUCUACGGCAACGCGUUGAAGGAAGCGUUAGUGGGUUUUUGAACAAACAGAAAUGGAGCCCGGAUAUGAACAAAAAUCAUGUUCGAGAGAUGUUAAGAAAAAACAUUUACGAAUCUGGAUUUUUAGAGACUGGAGUUGAACGAAUAGUAGAUCAAGUCGUGAACCCAAAAAUAAAUUCAAUAUUUCUUCCAAAAGUAAGUGAACUUGUUUAUAAAUUCUUUGGUAUUCGACACCCAACUGAGGAAAAAAAAGAUUCUCAACCAUCACAAUCAGAAACGUUGCUCCCCACUGAUUUAGAAGCAGUAUCACCUGAAUCCGAUAAGCACUCAGAACUGGGAAAUAUUGAAGAUCAAACUUUGGAUGAUUCAAAAAUUGAUGAAGAUGAAUCACCACCAUUCGAACCUUUGGAAGAACAAGGCGCUUAUGUCGCCCCAGAAGAGACAUCAAUUGAUAGUCACAUGUCUGGAUUUUCUGGUUUAAUUAGUCAUGAUUCAAAUGGACACGAAAUUUCAAAACCAGCAGCUAAUGAAACUUCAAAUCAAGAAUCAAUUACAUCUAAACAAAGCUCUGAUAGACUGUCCAUUGUUAUGUCUGAUGAUAAUGACACCAAAAUGGAAAUUGAUGAACCAAAAAUUGAAAAAAAUAAAAAUAAAGAUGAUAAGGAAAAGAAAAGCAAAGAUGACAAAAAUAAAGAUGAAAAGAGUCAUAGGUCAAGACAUGAUAGUAGAUCUGAUAAAAGAGAGAAAGAUCGGAAGGAUUCAAAAGAUUAUAAACAUAGGGAUCAUGAUAAAAGUAAGGAUCGGAAAGAUUCAAGUUCUAAAAAUGGAAAAAGUGACAAAGAUAAAGAGAAAGAAAAGAGUAAAAGUCAUAGUAGUAGCAGUCAUAGACAUAGUAGUAGUAGCCAUCGUUCACAUAAAGAUUCGUCUUCCAGCUCAAGAAGUAAAUCAAAAGUAUCUUCAUCAUCCAGCAAAGAAUCAUCAAAAGAUAAAUACAAAGAUGACAAGAAGAAAGAUUCUAAAAGACAUCAUUCUUCAUCAUCAUCAUCCGAUAAACACAAAAAGGAUAAUCACCAUUCAAGUCACCAUUCGAAAACAUCAUCCUCUCGGAGUAAAGAUAAAAAAGAUUCAAAAAAUAAAGACAAAAAAGAUUGCGAAAGCGAUACAAAGAAACGAAGUGAUCGAAGAUCAACGGAUCGCGAUUCAAACGAUGGUCAUUCAAGUUUAAAAAGCACAUCGAGUUCUUUUGAAUCAUUUUCUUCCAAUGUUCAAUCUUCUCAACAAGAAAAAAAAUCUUCAAAUAAUACAAAUUCGGGAGAUUCUGGUAAUUCUGAUAUGGUAGAUGAAGUAUCUUCCGCUGUUAAUUUAGAUGAAGAAAUAUCGAUAAGUAGUGGAGAAAUUAAAUUAUUUAAACCAAAAUUUGCUUCAAAUUUUCAAGAAGCUAAACGGUUGAUGAAAAUUCGAAAAAAACUAGCUGAAAUUGAAAAAGAACGAAAUAACCAUAAAUUAUUCGAACCAAAAUCGGGGGAAAAACCGAUUAAAACUCUUCUUGAAUCUCCUCCAUUACCCUCUGUUAAUGUAAGCGCCGCUUCUUGGGAUGCUUUAGAGGCCAAAUUAAAUGAAACGAUCGCAAAAGAAAAUUGUUAUGUGGAUGAAUCAUCUUAUGGAUCUGAUGUAGAUGAAAAAGAUGUGAAUGAUAAAAAAAAUGAAAUGAAUGAUGAGGUUUAUUAUCUUAAGACAGAUGAUAGUCCAAAGACGAAAAGAUACAGAGACUUUUUAAGUAAUUAUCUUGGCAAAAUUGAGAAGGGAUGUUGUGAUAAAACUAAAAUUAAUUUAAGAAGUGAAAAUCUUAAAAGAAAAUUGGAUGCUAAUUCGGAUAUUAAAAAUAAUAAUAAGAAAUUUUCCAUUGAAGUACAUGAAAACUUUUCGCUACCACUUAGCCCAGCUGAAAGUGAUAAUUCUAUUGAUAAAAAAUCUGAUAUAUCAGAAGCCUCAAUAUACGAUAAAGCUAAAAGAACCAUUAAAGCUACUUCAAACUCUAAGAACAGAUAUUCAAGCGAAGAUCUUUACAAACCGCGAUUAUCUUUUUCAAGUUCGAGGCGAAGGAUGAAGAAAAACGCAGGUAUUGACUGACAAUUACUUUUUUACGACUCCUUUUAUUACCGUGCUCCAUGUACAGUGAAUUUUUAAUAAUUAAUCGUAAUUAAUUGUAACAAUGGGCUCAUAAUGAUUGAAAAAUAUUAUGUAACAGGUUUAAAUAGGUAAAUUUGAACUUCUUUUUUAUUAGUUACUACUGAAAUCGAUGUAAUUUCCGAUUGACACUCUCUUUAAUACUGUACCAUCACAAAUGAUUACAUUUUUCUUUUCAUUUCGAUUAUUAAUUUGUAUAAAAUUAUUUUUGAUUAAUUUUCUUGACAUUGAUUUGGCGAAACGGAAAAAAUUGGUGGUCCUCAUUAAUCAAAAUAUAUAAUAAUUAACAUUAUCUAAAUUAAGUUUGUUAAAGGGUUAGAAAAAAGGUUUAGUCUAGAUUUUUUGUAAAAGACAAUAAAAUGUAUUUAUUGGAA